CAAAUGCAAAUGAAAAAUUUGCGGAUAUCUUAGUUGUUUUAUAAAUAAUAAAAAACUAUUGAAACAGCGGGAAAAUGGGGAUAGCUCAUUUAGACUAAGUAAAUAACCUUUAAUCGGUAUAGGAGUAGCACAAAACAUUUGCAAAUUAAUUGCGGAUUCUGAAAAUAUAUUUAUUUAUGUUUAAUUCGCAGUAAUUAUGCGAAUAAUAAAUAUUUAUUAUCACAGCCACCCGCGUGCGCGUGCGGCGCCAUCUUACGGUCCCGAACACACGCGGCGGUUCACGCAUGUUCUGUUUUUCUGCGACUCGUCAAGUCGUCAUCACUCAUCAGGACGAAUCGAACAGCUGAUGCGACGGGUAAACAACGUUUUUCUCUUGUGAUUUUUCUAUAAAAUAAAAUGUGCUUGAUGACUUCUGCAGCCCUACAAAGUGAAAGGAGAAAAGUUUUAAAAGUACAAGGUUUCUGCAACUGUAAGAAAGAACGUCGCUAUAAUCCCCUUGCUAUGAUCCUGUGCUCGGUAAAACUCUUGAAUGAUUUCAACUUGAGGAAUCAUUCUCAAAAAAUCAAGGAUCCAUUGAAUCACGCUCUGGAGCUGAUAAAAAGAAUAAAAGAAGCAGAUGCUCUUUACCGUCUACUAACUGAUAAAAUAGAUGAGGAUGUUCUAAAAGCUGAUGGCUCAAAAUUAAAAGUCAUAGCAACAAUGUCUGUUGGUGUAAACCAUCUAGUCUACAUUUAAAAGCAAUAAAAUCCAGAAAUAUUCCAAUCGGUUACACUCCUGAAGUUUUAACCUACGCUACUGCUUUGCUAGCUGACUAUGGCUCUGAUUUUAAUUCAAGAUGGAGCAACUACUCCCAAGAAGCUAGUGCGAGCCAUGACAGAAUAUAGUGUCCGUAGUAAUCUCCAAGGAGUUCGAUUAAUUCACUUGGGAUUGGAUGGGUAAUGCAUCUUUUGCUAAUCCAGAAUCAUCUCAUUCAUCACUAGUUAAUGAGCACAUGCAUCAAACAUUUGGAGAUACAAUAAUCCAGUCAAGUCACACUUUGCUGGGUAGUGAAGUACGAUUAUUCAUGCUGCCAUGCAUAGUAGGAACACUGCCAAAUGAUAUUAAGUCUGAAAUAGGCAAGAUCAUAUCUACAAGACUAGUGGACGAUGAAGCAACUCUGCAUCUGGGAAUUGAAAGCUUUAUGACUUUGCGCAUAAUAACCCUUUCAUGUCGAUGCUGGGUUUGCAGUACACAGAAUGACAGCUAUAAAUUUCUGCAUCGAAAUGGACGUCACUGAUCAAAUUUGCUCAGACAAUCUUAGAAUCAAAAUAUACUCUGGACAUUGUUUGCCGUUCACGAAGCUUGCAAUUACUCGAUCUGCAGCACAACUCUGAACGAUUGAUCGUACAUCAUGAUGUCUUGUUCAACGACUAGAUUUUCCCGGAAGGUCUCAGUUUCAUCAGUGGAUUGGGGUAGGCACAAGUUACUAUUUCUCUCAAUAGAAUUAUACGUGACUGGUGCUCUACAUAGAUUAUUUAAGUAAUAAUACAAUUUAAUAGUUUGGGUUAUCUGAUAAUCCGAGAUGAAUAUUUACAGUGAAAGCUAAUUAAAAGAAAAAGAACGAGCAAAGAAUCAGUAAAGAUGUAAAUAAAUAUUUAUUAUUUUCUUAAGAAACAGAUAAUGUAUUUUUGAUGUUACACUUUUAAUUAUAACACUGGCUGUAAAAAA